AUUCAAUCGUAUUUGUGUUCAACACGUGUUUAAAUCAAAUCAUUAUUAUUAUCAAUAUUUUCUCAUUUUCUGUUGAUUUCAAAACAAUUCAUUAAUUUAUUACACAUUCAACUCAUUAUCACAUAUAAUGGCAAAUGAUGUCAACAAAGAGGUGUCUGAGUUUAAGGAGCAGAUCAAGAAGGAGGCGGAAGCGCUGGUCCUCAAGACUUUCCCACAAAAGAUACUCGACUUACAGGCUUUACUCACGAGCAGUAAAUUCACGAUCAAGAAGUUGUCGGACAUCUGCACCGAUAUCAACAUUCCAGUGCCCGAACACCCCUUCCUCGACAACAACCACACGGACGCCGCACAGGGAGACCAACCGUCGAAGAAGCGGAAGUAUGCGGCCAUCGACUGCGAUGGUGUGUCGGGAACCAAAGUACUGGUGCUGCCCAAUGGUGUGGCCCCGUGUAAUAAACAUGUGGUCGAACUCAUCGAAUUGGUUAAGCCUUUGAUCCGGCAGUUGGUCGAAGACGCAAAUCUGCUAAAAAUGUGGAUUUUAUUCCUCAUUCCUCGCAUCGAAGACGGGAAUAAUUUUGGGGUUUCUAUUCAGGAGGACACGUUGGCUGAGAUCAGGACAGUGGAGGGCGAAGCGGCCGCUUAUUUCGACCAAAUGUCUCGAUAUUUCUUAUCGCGAGCCAAGACUGUGGCAAAAGUGGCUAAAUAUCCGCACGUAGAGGACUAUCGCCGCACCAUUCAGGAGAUCGACGAAAAGGAGUUCUUAUCACUGCGUCUGGUUGUGGCCGAGUUGCGCAACCAUUACGCCACACUCCAUGAUAUGGUUACCAAAAACUUAGACAAAAUCAAAACCCCCCGUUCCUCCAACACUGAAAACAUGUAUUGAUUCAACUUUUCUAUUAUUACACUUCGGAU